CCGCGGAGCUAUGUAAUGAGAAAGACAUGAACGAGAAAGUCUCAAUCGCAGAUGACUCGACUCUUUGCAACCCAAGCCGAUCAAACACGCAGAGGUCCGAGGUUGUACUUCGGGAGAAAGAAGGGCAAAACGACUCAGGUUCAGGGGCAACUCGAAGCAUUCGCGACUUGCCGUUUUCACGCGAAAUUUUCGAGACCAUCAUAAGAAGAUUCCACACUCACGGCACUUUGACGAGAACCAUCAGCAGGGCCGAUGUAUCUGCAUUUUCAGCAAACAAUGUUUCCAUGCAGUCAGCUGAAGGUGGUUCCUAUCGUUCAUAUGUCUACAAUGCGCGAACAUCCAAUGAAUGGGAGGGAGACCUCGCUAUGACAGCAACUUACUUCCCAUGCCGUCAACUCACGUUUGGAAUUCUCUUUGGCUGCACCAAAACGAUUGAAGAUAAAGUGCUCAAGCGGCUGAGUCUGGUUGGGUCGGAUGCCAUUCAUCCAAUGAUUCCCUUUGGCAUCAUGGCUGAGAUUGAGCGUUCUAGGCAUAUAAAGCUUGUGGAGAACUCCAUUGAUGGCCUGGAGGCGAAUAUUGAUCAGCUCAGCGAACGCAUCGAAACCCGUGGCGAGGCAAGCCAAGAAGAGUUAGACAGGCGUAGCCGCGAUCGAAAAGAGGCGUGGUUAGACGCCGCCCAUCUGAGGAAUGUGCUCAUAAACUGGCAGAACCAGCUCAAACACAUGGCAAGACAUGCCAGACUCCUGCAAUCAGCGCCGAUGAUCGAUGCGCCGCAGGCAGUGACUACCAAAGAAAAUGGGCAUGGGCUCCAGGAUACCCAGCACAACGAAAUUUUGGAGUGCCGAGCCCUUGAGGCAAGCAGUACUCGCAUAGGUGACCGACUUGAGGCCAUUGUGGAGGAGUACGACGAAAAGAUCCGUGACUCGGCCAUGAGGUUAGAUGGUAUGCCCAUGGCGACGCAAUGGUCAUAUUCGGACACCAACGUUGAGAUCGCUCUUGCAACGACCCGCGAUUCGAAGCAUAUGCGCUCUAUUUCGCUCAUCACCAUGAUCUUCUUACCAGGUACCUUUUUGGCUACCAUCUUCUCAAUGACUUUCUUCGAUUGGGGCGACGGAGCAGGGAAAGCGAGGGUGUCGGGCAUGAUUUGGAUAUAUUUCGUAUUGGCCUUUGGCUUUACCACCGUUACUCUCGGAAGCUGGUAUUUUUGGACAUCCCGUAGACGUCGUACCAAGAACAUAUGUCGUUGCUAG